GCUUGUUGGUCUUCGACAGCAUUCAUUUGAGCCAUGGACUACCGAGUGCUUGCCGUUAUUUUACUUUCCUUUCUUGCAUACACUUGUGCUGAUCCGGUCAAAUUUGUGGACUGUGGCUCAGUACAUGGGAAAGUAGUUCAGGUUGACAUCAAGCCCUGCUCCCAACAGCCCUGCCAGCUUCACAAAGGACAGUCCUACACCGUUAAUGUAACCUUCAUCAGCAGUGUUGCAAGUCAGACCAGUAAAGCUGUGGUUCAUGGAGUAGUUGAAUGUGUCCCUGUCCCCUUCCCUAUUCCAAUUGACGAUGGGUGCAAAUCUGGGAUUCAGUGUCCGAUUGUUCCACAGAAACCUUACAACUACGUCACCGAGCUGCCAGUCAAGACUGAGUAUCCAGCAAUAAAAGUGGUUGUGGAAUGGGAACUAAGAGACGACUCCAGCAAAGAUUUAUUUUGCAUCAAGUUCCCUGUUCAGAUUGUAAACUGAAAAUCAACACAGAAGCCAGGAUGAAAUGCAGGA